AUGUUGAAAGAUACUGAUAGUAAUGAUAAUUCAAUUGUUAAUUGGUUUGAAAAUUGUUGGGAUAAUUUUUGUUUACGAUCUAGAAAAGAUUCAUCCGAACAUUUACAUUCUAGAUUGAUUGAUAACAAUAAUAAAAGUACUCGUUUUGUAUCUCAAGCUGGCAAACAAAUUGUUACACGUGAUUCAAAUUUUGAUGGUCUACUUCAUGAUCCAAUUGAAGAAAAUAUAACUUCAAUUCUUCAUACAAAUGAAAAUACAAUAUCAUGGGAAGAUUAUCAAGAAUUAAUGCGUAUAACAAGUUCAUUUCAUAUAACAGUAGAAACACUUGCUCAUGUUAUGAGAGCAAUGGAAGAACAUUGUCAAAUGGGUCUUGAAUCAACUACGAACAAUAAUAGUGAUCUUAAAAUGUUACCAACAUAUGUAACAAAUUUACCAACAAAAAAUGAACAAGGUGAAAUAUUAGCACUUGAUCUUGGUGGUACAAAUUUUCGAACAUUAUUAGUUAAACUUAAUCCAAAUACUGAACCAGAAGUUAUUUCUGAAGCACAUAUUGUACCAGAUUCAAAAAAAAUUCUUGCAAAUGAUUUAUUUGAAUUUAUUGUUGAUAUAUUAAAACAAUUUAUGAUACGAAAUAAACUUGAUUUAAAUCAAGAAUAUGUACUUGGUUUUACAUUUAGUUUUGCUUGUAAACAAAUAGCAUUAAAUAAAGGAAAAUUUUUAACACCAUCAAAAGGAUGGGUUUUAUCAGAUUUAAUUGGACAAGAUGUUGUAGAAACAUUACAAAGAAUUAUUUAUCAAAAACAAUUAAAAGUUAAAAUAACUGCAUUAAUUAAUGAUACAGUUGGUACAUUAAUGGCUUGCGCUUAUGAUGAACCUACUUGUCGAGUGGGUGUAAUUCUUGGUACUGGUACAAAUGCAUGUUAUUUUGAAGAUAUUAAUAAAAUUCAUAAUAUAUCUGAUCGAACAGUUCUACCAGCGGAAGCAACAGAAAUGAUUAUUAAUACUGAAUGGGGUGCUCUCGGCGAAGGAGGUUGUCUUGAUAUGUUAAUUACAGAUUUUGAUAGAGAAAUUGAUAAAAUGUCAAAUAAUCCUGGCAUACAUAUAUUUGAAAAACUCAUAUCAGGAAUGUAUAUGGGCCGUUUAGCUGCUGAAGUUUUAGCUACUCUUAUUAAUCAAGGUAUUAUUUUAAAAAUUCAACGUGAUCAUAAACAAUCCUAUCGUUAUUAUGCACCAUUUCAUGCACUUUAUAUGUUACAAACAAAUCAUAUAUCAGAAAUUGAACUUGAUACUGGUCGUACAUUUGCUAAUACACGAAAUGUUUUAAAAAAAUUAGGUUUAGAUUAUGCAACAAAUGCUGAUUGUGCUAUUAUAUCAUAUACAUGUCGAUUAAUUUCAAGACGAGCAGCUAUGCUUACUGCAGCAGCCAUGGCAGUUUUAAUGAAACGAUUACAUGAAAAUAGAAAAACUGAAAUGGAAAAAAUUUGUAUUGGUAUUGAUGGUAGUCUUUAUCGUUUUCAUCCUCGUUUUAAUAUGGUUAUUCAACGUCAUCUUAAAAUUCUUGCACCAGUUUUACUUAACUAUGAAUUACGUAUUAGUGCUGAUGGUUCUGGAAUUGGUGCAGCUAUAUGUGCUAUAACAGCAAAUGAUGCACGUAAUGCUCUUCGAAAAGGUGAAAUUCAAAAAUCACUUUUUUAUCAACAACAUAAGAAAAUUUCGUAA